AUGACGAUCCGGUUAUCGCCGUACCUGCAGCAACGCGUGCUCGCGGCCGCGUCGAGGCUCGAGAUCAACUUUGACCCACGCGUUGGACUGGCGAGGGUGCAACGCUAUGGGUGGCAGUGGAAGCGCGAUUGGCCGUAUGCUUUCCUCGUCAUCGUGAGUGUUCUUCCUUUCACACGGUCGAGGAGAUACGUGCACGUCCGCGGAUGGACUUGGCCCUGGCCGCUCCUCGAGCGGCAUCCGAGCUCGGCGUGGCCGCCCAUGAAUGUGCCGUCGAUGCUCCCUUUCGACUCGGGUCCGUUUCUUAACGCCCUGCAUCAAUCAAGUUAUCCGAAGCACACUCUGCAAGAUGGGCAGGCCAUUCACUUGCACUCGACGACGUGGAAAGGACCUUGACCGGGCCGUAGACACGCUGGCCUCUGCGGACCGCUCUGCUGCGCGCUCGUGACGGUUAGCUCGGGCUUUGCACCUCGGCACGGAUCGGGGGGUUUGCAGCCUCGUUCAACCUGGAACAUGGUGCAACUCCCGAAUGAGGCGCGAUACGAUAAGUGGCCCGGGGCGUCGUGUUUGGCGUCAGGAGCACGGGCCUCUUCCGCUGGACCACCUUUCAUCGACGGACCCGCCGGCCUGGAACACAGCGGGCUGCAACAACCGUUCAAAAUAACGAAUACUGAUCGUGAUUUCGUACGCGUGUUCACUCGCAGGUUGCCAUGUUCUCCCUAUGCGUCAUGCCCCAGCACAUUCUCUUCAAGGUGUUCCUCGUCGGCAUCUACACCGCCGCUCUGCUCGUCCCCUUUACAUCUCAAUUUGUCCUACCAGCAACACCAAUCUUUGGCUGGCUCAUCCUCUUCUUCUCCUCCCAAUUCAUUCCGACCAAGUACCGCCCCCACAUUUGGGUUUCGGUGCUGCCGACGCUCGAAUCGGUGCUCUAUGGCGCCAACAUCUCCGACAUUCUCACGCGCUACACCUCCCCUUUCCUCGACGUCCUGGCGUGGAUCCCGUACGGCGUCGUCCACUUCGCGGGACCCUUCUUCGUCGCCGCCUUCCUCUUUGUCUUUUCCCCACCCGGCGCGCUCAAGUUCUGGGGCUCCGCAUUCGGGUAUCUCAACUUGGUCGGGGUCAUGAUUCAGAUCAUCUUUCCUUGUGCUCCACCAUGUAAGUAUCUGAAGGUCGCAUGCCGUGGGCAGAGCACGAAUACAAUUUCUACGCAGACACUGACAUACCUCUUCCUCUACAGGGUACGAGAUCCGAGAGGGGCUGAUCCCUGCCAACUACGGCAUGCACGGCUCACCCGGUGGCCUCGCUCGCAUCGACGCCAUCUUUGGCGGCAACGGCUACAACAACACCUUCACGAACGCCCCUGUACCGUUCGGCGCGUUCCCUUCCCUUCACGCUGGAUGCUCGACGAUGGAGGCCCUCUUUCUAUCGCACUUCUUCCCAAAGGGUCGAGUCUUUUAUUGGUCCUACGUGUUCUGGCUCUACUGGAGUACAAUGGUGAGCCGGCUCCACCUGUACCAGACCAGUCUUGUAGUUGCAUUUGGUCCGACUCACCUGGCGCUCAUCUUCACACACAGUACCUAACUCACCACUACUUGAUCGACCUCGUCGCCGGUGGCUCCCUGGCGUGCGCGUACUUUUACUACUACCUCGCCCGCAUGCCCGACGAACUCCGACACCCCACGGCCCUAGUCAACGGCAAAUUCCUCAACGCCACUCCUUUAGACGAGGAAGUAGGGAUGGCAUCGACGAUGCUCAAUGGGAAUGGGUACGGGGGGUGGGAUUCGAUCGAUGAGGAAGAGGAAGAGAUGCUCGAUCGGUUCGGCGCGUCGGCGAACCCUUCUACUUCUUCUUCAACUUCGAGUCCGAAUGUGAAUCGGACACCUGGUGGGGUGAUCACACCGGGGGGUCGGAGCCCGAAUUUGACCUCGAACACGGGGCGUAAACCUAGUAUCGUACCGAAUUCGAGGGUGUGA